GGUUUUUUUCGGGGGAGUGUAUCUUUUUUUUGGCAGUGAAAUUCCCUCUAAUCCGCUAUAAAAACUGGUCUGUGACCAAGAGCAGAGCAUUACAGCUCGGAACGAGACACUGAAAAUAACUUCUAUCUUUUUCCUUUCCACUUUCAUAUAGGCUAGUGAUAUUUCAAAAAUAUUAACAUCUUUAAAAUGUCGACUUUCAUGUUCAUUUGGAUGUUCAUAUUACCUUCAGCAGACCUUUUCUCCGUAACAUUGAGUCCACGUGAUCCAGUGUGGAGAGUGGGGGACACGCAUGUGAUGCAAUGCACGGCGGUGGACUGUCCCCACGGAGCCCAUAUCGUGUUCAGCCGCCCGGGUGAUGAACUCCUGUUCGCUGAAACGCAGCGAUUUGCAAACCGAUCUCUUAUCCGUUUUGCUCCUGUCGAACAUCGGCACAACUACGAAAUUGUUUGCAAAGUCACUUGCGAUGGGCUAAAAACUAAACAAAGCACAACAACAAUAACUAUAUACUCUUUUCCAAAUGAUCCCGUCAUAUCUGGGACUACGAAUUUAAGGGCGAAUGAAACGCGGGACCUGAGCUGUAAUGUGUACAAUGUCUCUGCGAAGGACUAUGUAAGGAUUGAGUGGACUUUGGGGGAUACGCUAGUUCAUGAAGCCGAGAAGGAUACAGCGACACGUACUGCUUCCUCCACAUACACUAUCACGCCAAUAGUUAAGGAUAACGGGAAAAAGAUCACAUGCAGGGCAACUCUGUUUGGGAAAGGAAUACCCGAAGAACAUCAAACCAGAGAAACCACGGAGAUCGUCAACGUGCUGUAUGCACCCAGAGAUGUUAGAAUAUCUAACCAAAUGACAGUGGUCUUUGGGGAGAACUUCACCCUGACAUGCGAGGCAGAUGGGAACCCAAAGCCCCAGGUGCAAUGGAGGAUGCUGGACAGCAGUGUCCCCCUUGCCACUGAGCCGGGACAGCAGAAGUUUGUCAUUGAGGGUGCCACGCUGUCCCAUGCGGGUGAAUAUGAGUGUGUAGUGAGUAAUUCAGUUGGAAGCAAGACUGCGAAAGUGGCUGUGAUUGUCCAAGGCCCACCCCGGAACAUGUCGAUCAUGGUGAGCCCAGCCGGCCAGCUGAAGGAGGGAGACGUGGUGACAAUCAGCUGCCUCUCAGACACUGUCCCGGCGGGCCGUAUGGUCCUGCGUAGGGUGUCUGAAGACGGGACGACCGAGCUGAACUCCGCGUUCGGCUCCUCCACCUCCGUCACGUUGUCUCCUGCCGUCCUGGCCCACUCCGGCCGGUAUGAGUGCGAAGCCAGCAACCAGUACGGCACAGAGACGUCAGCCACGGUGCACGUCAGCGUGAGAGCCCCACCCAGAAACACCACAGUCGAGGUGUUCCCUUCGUCACAGGUUCACGAGGGCCAGAACAUCACCAUCUGCUGUAAGACCGUCAGCUUCCCGGCAGCACGUGUGACCCUCAGGAAACUGGGGGGUGACAGGGAGCUCUAUUCUGCCAAUGGUACCUUCAUGCUGCAAAAUGUCAUGGCCACUGAUGCAGGCUCAUACCAGGUCAAUGUCACCAACGACCUGGGCUACGAGACGGAAGUUUUCACCAUUAAUGUGAUGGAGAAACAUACCAGCCCCACACCCGGAUGGCACGAGCUGUUAAUCCCCGCUAUUGGGGUGAUGUGUACACUGGUGACGGCAAGCCUGAUCAUCUACCAUCUGCGGAAGUCCAGGUUGAACAACUCCUAUGAGAUGGCCAAGACCAGCCCUGGGCCUGUAUAGUCCCAGACAUCAGGAGGUUUUGUGGAACAUGCAUUGAACGUCAAACCUGCUGGGUGUCAGGAGAACAAUGGCCUGCUGGGGGCACUUGUUGAACUUCUUCUUCACAGUUUGCACUUAAAUAAAACUUCAGGAUAACUGCAUAGGGUGGCACAGUAACUCAGAUGGUAACAAUGCAGCCUCACGUGCCACUGGCUGGUUCCGUAUGGGCUGUGCAUGGUCUCCUUCUGCCUGUGCCUGUAUCCUCUUGCUGUUCAAAAACAUUCAAUUAGGCCAUUUGCUGUUCCUGUAUUGCCCAUAGUGUGACUAUCUGCUGUACCUGCUGCUUCCUUUUAUAGUCUUCAGGCUAACCAUGAUUCUGUACUGGAUAAGCAGUUAUGGAAUAUGGACAGAAGUGUGUUCAGGGCCGUUAUGUGUAAUGUAUCUAUGAGACACCUAUUGGUCGUGAGGGGAACUGCAGGGUGACUGCGUCAGGCCUCCAUUAGACCGAAACGGAACAUGAGCAGAGGAAUAAGCGAGAGAUUCUACGUGUCUUCAGCUUUUACUGAUCUGUAAGAAUACAGGAAUGGUGGAAGGAUGUCAUAUGUAGGACAACACAGGGAUACAAAAUGUAAUGAUAAAGGGAGCAUCCAGCGGUCAAUAUAAGCUAGAAAUCCCUUAAAACUAAUACUGGAAUGACUUUGUUACUUGGGCUGACAGCCAUGACUGAAGCCUAUUAACAGGUGGCCCUUAGGUAGCUAGCUGGUAAGAUCUCGAUCAUUCAAGGAAUCCUACCUGUACAGCAGCUGAUGAGCAUGGAAACAACGAAUUUCCUUUCCUGCUCAAGUCAUAAUGGCAGCAGAGUGGUGACCUUUUUAAUGGGGUAUUACAGACCACGCUGUUUGAUUUGUUACAUGUCUUACACCAGAACAUAUCUAACCUGAUCUGUUGAACUAAUGCAGAAUUUAUUAUUAUUAUUGUUAUUAUUAUUAUUAUUAUUAUUAAAUGAUCAACUGCUAGUGACCAGAAGGUUGCCAGCUCAAAUCCCAGGAUCAGCAGGCUGGUAUGUUUCACUGCUGGACCCUAAAGCACAGCCCCCAGUUACUCCAGCGACUGCUAAACUGCUAAAGUCAAAUGUGAACGUAAAUGUGUGUGAGGAUUUUAUUGAAAUGGGCUGAUCUGUUUUGUAGCAUCUGUUUUGUUCUUUUUAAGGUGACUUACACAAAUACAUCGAUACCUGUGACAC